AUGGCUGGCGAAGAAGAGCAUGCUCUAUCUGUGCAGGCUACUGCCACUACCGGCAACGCGACUUUUAGACAGUACAUCGAUCACGAGAACAAGGAUCUGGGCACGUUCGAACAGUUCUACUUCUACUCGACUGAGUUCUAUGGCGGUCCUGGAUCACCGAUCAUCUUGUUCACGCCUGGAGAGGUCAACGCUAGCGCUUAUACGAGCUAUCUCACCCUCAAUAGAACUACCGGUGUUCUUGCCAAGGAGAUUGGUGCUGCUAUCGUUUGCAUCGAACAUAGAUACUGGGGCUACAGUUCGCCAUACGCUGAUCUUACCACGGAAAACCUGCAAUACUUGACCCUUGACAACUCAAUCAGUGAUCUGACAAACUUCGCAAAACACGUCCGCCUACCAUUCGACUAUCACCGCAAGAGUUCGCCCAACAGAGCAGCCUGGGUGAUGAUGGGUGGCUCGUACUCGGGCGCCCUCGCAGCCUGGACUGCCUCAACUCAACCUGGCACUUACUGGGCAUACUGGGCUUCCAGUGCACCUGUACAAUCAAUUCUCGACUACUGGCAGUACUUCGUACCCAUCCAGCAGGGUAUGCCCAAGAACUGUUCCUCCGAUGUCUCUCUAGUCAUCGACCACAUCGACAACGUUCUGCUCAAUGGAACAGCUUCUGAAAUUACGGAGCUCAAGACGUCCUUUGGACUCGAAGGUCUGGAGCACAAUGACGACUUUGCCGCAGCUCUCCAGAACGGGCCAUGGCUUUGGCAAGGAAACCAGUUCUAUAGGAACACUGGUUUCUUCGACUUCUGCGACGCUGUCGAGAAUGUCAAGCCUAACAGCACUAACACUACUCUUCCCGGUGCCAAGGGAGUUGGCCUUGAGAAAGCUCUUGCUGGUUACGCCAGUUGGUUCAACACUACAUAUCUGCCCGGCUCAUGUGAGAGCUACGGUUAUGAUGACUGGCAAGGCGAGCGUAACAUCAAGUGUUUCGACACCUACAACACUUCGAGCCCGAUGUACACAGACAUGUCAUUGAGCAACGCUUUCGACCGUCAAUGGGUAUGGAUGACCUGCAACGAGCCCUUUGGAUACUACCAGACCGGUGCUCCCGAGGACCGCCCUUCAAUCGUCUCUCGUCUGAGCACUGCAGACUACUGGAUCCGUCAAUGCCCCUUGAUGUUCCCUGCCUCAAACUCCUCCGCCGUCGGUCCUGCAAAGGGCGCCACCGCAGAAGCCGUCAACGCACACAACAAGGGCUGGAACAACUACUCUCCUGGUCUCCUUUACGUCAAUGGUGACUACGAUCCUUGGAGAGAGGCUAGUGUAUCGUCAGACUUCAGACCAGAGGGCAAACUGCAGUCUACAGCGAAGAACCCCGUGGUCAUCGUGCCUGGAGGUUUCCACACAAGUGAUUUGGUUACUCAGAAUGCUAAGAGUAAUGCUGGAGCCAAGGCUGCCAUCGAUCAGGCUGUUGGAAUCAUGAAGGGCUGGGUUAGUGAGUUCCAGCAUGGAAAGCACUGGUUUGAGGGGUAA